AUGACCAGAACAAAGUGGACAGCAGAGCUGGACAAGUAUCCGGAUCCAGCUGCUGCUGCUAAGCUCACAGAGAAGAGUGAGUUAGCUCCAGCCCUAACAUCAGCUACCCAUAUACCACAACCACGGUACCCAGCCUCCAUCCCUGACCAAACUCCCUUCCCUCCCGUAGGCCCCGCUGACAGCAGCAAGGGGGGCACAGGGAUCAUGUCCCCCAAAAGUCAGGGGAGGGCAGGCACAGCAUCCCCCUACAAUCUGGCUCCGGCUCCCUUCGGCCUCAACCAGAACCACGUGGUGUGUCUGCCUCUGGUCUCCGAGCACCUGAAGCUCCUGUGGGCGUGCUCAGACCAGACCCAGGAACUGGACGGCGUGACUGAUCUCAUAGAGGCCUUCAACGUGUUCCCAUACCCGACCCUGGGGGAGACGGCAUCGCUCGCCCAGAGCUGCUCUCUGCAUCUGGACCAGGUCAGAGUGUGGUUCAUGGUCCAGCGGCUCCGCUAUGGGAUCAGCUGGGAUGCAGAAGAGAUCUGUAUGGCACGGUGCAAGAUGUGCGGACCAAACCAGGCGAAGGACAAAAAAGAGAAAGAGGAGAAGGUAUUGCCUCCCCUCAGUAAGGAGGAUGAUGGGAGAAACAGGAUCGAACAUUCACCUGUCUCCACCUCCAAUCAGCUUAGCAGCCUGUCCUUCGAGUCCUCCUCACCCGUUCCUCGAAAAAGCCGUAAACACCACCUUGUUGUUGCACCCGAUAACUCCAAUCUGCAACACCCUUCUCCUCCACUCCCUCUGUGCUUAGUGGCACCCCCCACAACCACAGGGCAAACCCUCGAAGCCCCCGACAAACCCCAGAGGCACUGUCAGGAUUUUCACUCAGAGCUGUGGCGGAGCUUCGGCCGUAACACAAAUCCUCCGAAGGAGGAGCUCCAGCGUCUGCAGGCCCUCACCAGGCUCCACAUGAGGUACAUCCGCAAGUGGUUCUGCAACCGGCGUUUCUUGCUCCACCACCGCGUCAAGGCCGACCCAGAUUCUGAAGAGAACGGCCAGUCACAGCCCAACGACCUCCUGUCGUCACAGACACAGCUUAUUCAGCGUCUGACACAACCACCACCGCCAACUGACAGCAGGGUCAGACCAUCACCGGCGAAGAAAAGGGUCUGUCAAGUAGAUGAUGUCGACUUCCUAAGCAGGAGCCGCAAUGGUAACCCUGUCCAUGGCAACCCCGCUAACACCCCCCACCAGAUUAGGUCAAACUUGAAGGUGAAGGAAAGAGAGAAAGAACCAGCGGACGUACAGAAGAAGAAGACGGGAGCAGCAGACAAAGAGAAAACGGCCAGAGCUGGAGCUAAGAGAUGGACAAAGAACGUCAAGAAGGAACUGAAGGAGGAGCGGAAAGCGGUGGGGAUCACCAAAUUCAUCGAUGACGACGGAGAAGAACAAGUUCUCAAAAUGGGCCCGUGGCCGAAGAACAAGACAAUAGCCCAGCUGGAGCUCCUGAGACACUUCUUCCUCACCUGCCAGUGGCCCACCAAAAGGGACUACACGCAGCUGCAGCAGCAGACAGGCCUCUCGCGGAAAGCUCUCACCCAGUGGUUCGGAGACACCCGCUACUACGUCAAGAAGGGCAUGGAACGCUGGAUGAGUGGGGAAGAGCACCAGAAGGUCCUGGCGCAGAUCAGGGAGAAGCAGAGGCAACGGCAGAGGGACUGGUUGAUGACUGAGGAAACCGGUCCAUCAGGAUCCUCCUCCUAGCAGUGUUUUGCUUACCGUGACUCAUAGUGCUAAUGGGGAGGCUGGCAGGGAGGAGGAUGGAGCUGGGACUUUGAGACCUAUGAAUGGCGUGAAGCUGGAGUGACCGCUGGGACAGACUUGGGGUACUCAAUAGUAUAAAAAGGCUUCUUCUCCUUUGUGCUCUCUACUCUAGGAGCACUGAUCCAGCAUGGCCUAACAGGUGAAAUGUUAUUUGUUGAAACCUGAAACUCACCUGUCUGCAGUGAUGGAAAAGGAAGCGGAGUAUUGAGUCACACCCCUGCUGUAAUGCUGGAGAGGCCUGGAGGGUGCUGAAAAGGGCUACAUAUUAGGAAUUGUCACGAAUGAGGCAGCAUUCUGUUUUUAUGUUACAAGUUGUUGAUUAUGUUUAUGAUGUUCUAGUCUACUUUAGUUGUAGCACUAUUGAAACUGGCACUUCCUGUUCAGUUAUUCAUUCAAAUGGCAAUUCAUGUUUCAAGCUCCAUCACAAUUUUAUGCUGGGAAGUUUCUAUGACAUUGCAUUGAUGUUCCUUGUUUGAUAUGUUCAGAGUGUAAAGAAUUAGGGAAACUACCAGACCUGUGACAUCCUAUGUCCUUGAGUGCAUCCCAAUAAUCUCUCCUUCCUCCUGAAGUGUGCACUUGCGCAUUCAUUUCUCCCCAUAAAGUUAAAAUCAUUGGAUUGAUGUAGACAUGGGCUAGGGGGGGGGGUCCAUUAAGGGAAUUGAACAAGUGCAAACUUUGGGAGAAGAGAGAUUAUUGGGACAUAGCAUAAGGUGUGGUCUUAUUGGUAGUAAGAAAGUAGAUCAUUUAUUUUGAUUUCAGAGCUAGUAUGUGGAGUCGUAUCUGGUUCUUUGUGUG